CCUUACCGCCACCUCCAGCGCACUCCUGGUCCUUUGUCCUUGCUCCUCACCCCAACUAGCUUCCACUUAUCCUUUCUGCCGACACAAUUAUGAGUGCUCACGACAACGAGGAACUUAUCGACUACGAGGAUGAGCACGACGUUGUCGCCAAUGGUGCCGCAGCACCGCCAGCAGCGAACGGUGUCGCUAUCACAGCACCCGUGGCUGAGGGCGAGGGCGAAAAAGACAAGAAGAACUUUUCCGGCAUUCACUCGACUGGUUUCAGAGAUUUCUUGUUAAAGCCCGAGUUGCUGCGCGCCAUUAGUGACCUUGGUUUCGAGCAUCCUUCUGAAGUCCAACAAGAAUGUAUCCCUCAGGCAGUCCUGGGUAUGGAUGUGCUUUGUCAGGCCAAGUCCGGUCACGGAAAAACCGCGGUAUUCGUUUUGGCGACCUUACAACAGCUGGAGUCCGUCGAUGGCGCGGUGUCGGUCCUAGUUCUGUGUCAUACGCGCGAACUGGCCUUCCAAAUCAAGAACGAGUACACUCGAUUUGCGAAGUACAUGCCAGACGUCCGCGUCAACACAUUCUAUGGUGGUACACCAGUCACAAAAGACGCUGAACUCCUGCGCGACAAGAGCAAAUGCCCACAUAUUGUGGUCGCAACACCUGGUCGACUUAAUGCACUCGUGAGGGACAAAGUUUUGGAUGCGUCGAAAGUCAAGCACUUCAUCCUCGACGAGUGCGACAAAAUGCUGGAACAGCUUGACAUGCGCCGAGAUGUUCAAGAGAUCUUCCGUGCUACACCCCACCACAAGCAAGUCAUGAUGUUCAGUGCCACGCUCGCGAAGGAGAUUCGGGUGACAUGCAAGAAGUUUAUGGCCAACCCUCUAGAAAUCUUCGUCGAUGACGAGACAAAACUCACACUUCACGGUCUCCAACAACACUACGUGAAGCUUGACGAAGCGGGCAAGAACAGGAAACUCAAUGAAUUGCUUGACACGCUUGAGUUCAAUCAAGUCGUCAUCUUCGUGAAGUCCGUUGCUCGUGCUAUCGAAUUGGACAAGCUCCUCGUGUCUUGCAAUUUUCCCAGUAUCGCUAUUCACUCCGGGUUGGCUCAGGAGGAGCGUAUUGCCCGUUACACUGCUUUCAAAGCGUUCGAGAAGCGCAUCCUAGUGGCGACUGAUAUUUUUGGUCGUGGCAUUGAUGUCGAGCGAGUGAACAUUGUCGUCAAUUAUGAUUGCCCUCCCGAUGCAGACUCUUACCUGCAUAGAGUCGGUCGUGCUGGACGUUUCGGCACAAAAGGUCUAGCUAUCACCUUCGUAUUUUCUGAGAGUGACCAGCAGGUCAUGGCGGCCAUUCAGUCAAGGUUCGAGGUAGCAGUACCGGAGCUACCCGACCAUAUCGAUCCCGCCACCUACAUGACCUCUUAAUUGUACCUGUGUCCUCGCUGUCGCUCUGUUUCCGUUUUACGCUUACAGUACAUUUUGUGUGAAUGUAACCAUAUUCUGUUCCCGCUCCCCUUCUCCAAUGGAUGCUGUCGUCGUACGAAUGCAUCGAA